AUGGGCAUACACACACCGAAAGCGGACUCCAACGUUUUGUACAAGCAGUUUGAAAAGGAUUCCCCCACCGUAUUUUCCACGGUCGAAGAGGACGAGUCCAAACAACGGCGAUAUUGCAACCAAAAGGUCUGGGCCAUUGUGCUCAUAGUAGCGGGCUCCUUGACCUUUGUCAUCGGUAUCCUGUACGGCACUGCCUUUCCUGAGUACGUCAAUUCAACCGUGAAAGACCGAGUUGUUCGCUGCUCCGACGACAAGGUGUCCGAGGAGGUCUUCUUGGACCCAUACGGAGACUGCGACGACUGCUCGCCCUACUACGUAUCUGUAUACAUGCUGAACGCCACCAAUGCCGAGAACUACCUCGCUAUGAAUGCCAAGCUGCAAGUGCAGGAGAUGGGGCCGUACGUGUACCGCCGCCGCGAAAUCAAGUUGGACGUGUCUCUAUCGAACGACGCCUCCACCGUCACCUACAAGACGUACACAUACCACACGUUUGAAGCCGAACUGAGCUGUGAUGGCUGUUUAGCGUCGGAUGAGAUCGUGAGUCUCGACACGGGAUACUUGAGUGUCAUAGCUGCUACUGGCGGCGAGUUCAACUUGCUAGCAUCGGUGGCUGCACAAUCAUUUGCCUCUGGGCUAAGCACGACGGAGCUCACCGCGACUAUCACUGAGCACGGCGAGCAAAUGAUGCGCUGGAUAAACGGCCUCAAUUCUCUGGAUCCGGUGGCCAUGAAGACGGUGACCAACGGCAGCGCCGUGUUAAAAUUCCUAGCCUCUGGUCCGACAGCCAUUGCCGACUUGGACCUUUCUGGUUUCGCAUACAAUGGAGUGUUGGUCAAGCGAACUGCGUCGCAGUGGGCACUGGGCUAUCCGAGUCUGCUGGCCGGUCUCAUCCUAGGUGCCAACUACGUCGGGGCGUGCAACCUCAGCAUGAACGCGCAGUGCGCGUCCUGCAGAGGUCACGAUUGCCUGGCCAUCGCAGCAGCUUGCUCUCAGUGCACCAAGGGUGCGGCUGUCGUGGCUGUCAACAACAUCACCUGCUCCGUUGUCGAGUCGAUUUAUGCUGCCAAGUACGGUACUGACGAAGCCGCCAACUUUGCUGCGACCACUUGCGGCCUCUGUAAAAGUGUGGGUCUGUGUGCUGCACCUCUCCCCGGCAUCGCCGAGAGCUCCGGAAUGGACUACUCGAAAACGGCACCUGACGCAUCAAUCCUCAAAGACUAUGUCAAGCGCACAGGCUGUGACGACCUGACCAAGAUCGGAACGUAUGUCAAGUACAACGGUUUAACUGUCGCGCCUGUGUGGGUGAAUCUGGACGAACGUCGUAACCCGACGCUGGCUGAGAUCAACGCGUUCUCAAUCUAUGCCAACUGCGACUCACCUGUUGCAAACAUCACAUGCUUCAACGUUUCGGGCACGGACGGCACGGCGCUCAAGCCCGGAGGGGUGACGAUCAACGGGAUGGCGAAGCAUACUACGGCCGACUCAUUCGACUCGUACAUAGGUCCUGCCGAGAUCUACAUCGCCAUCUCGAGUACGGACACGGAAGUGGACUUCAAUGGGGUCUCUCUGCACCGCUUUGGUACACCGGCAGACACCUUCAACUACACUGACGCCAACGCUGACAUUGGCACAGGCGUUCCGGUCAACGGAUUGCAGCAGCUCAGCAUCGUCACGGGCUUCUUAUCAUACAUGUCUGGUCCAUUCUUUAUCUACGGCGAUUCGUCACUACUCGAGGCUGUGCAGAUGACCAGCACUGACGGUACGGUCAUGAAAGCCGACAGCAUGUACGACUCCGAGGGCAACCUCUUCGAGAGCGUCCACAGCGCGUACGGCACCUUCGUGGACAUCGAAUCGAGCACAGGCCAGACCAUGAGCGCCCGCAAGCGCUUGCAGGUCUCAUAUGCGCUGGCGGCCUCCAUGUCUGUGCCUAACGCGUCUAUGAGUGAUGUGCUGUGGCCCACGCUGCCGACGGAGGUGGUGCUGCCUGUGUACUGGGUGCAAGAGGCUGGCGAGGCCAAGGACAGCGUGCUUGACAAGUUCAAGAGUAUGCUCGCUCUUGUCAAAACAUUCCUGGUGGGUCUGAUUGUGCUCGUUAUUAUCGGCAUCGUCGAGGCUGGAGGAGGCAUCUUUCUUUGGCGUCGGUACAAACAGAAGCUGGAGAUGCAGCGCUACGACAGCGUCAUUUGA